AUAAUAUAUAGCUUAUCAUUACGAUCUAUUAAAUGAUUAUUAUUGUAAUUAAUAAGUUCCGAUUUUAUAAUCGGAAAAUUUUUAUGUUGCAUCACUGAAUAUCAUUCUGUGACAUCCUGCAAAGUAUGAAACAUAAAGAAAAACAGCUGUUUUAUAUAGUAAAUUACAGUGAUAACGAUAACAUAUUCUGUUUUCAUGCGAGAAAGUUUACAUCGUUUUGGUGGUUACAAUAAACAUGUUUCCAGAUUUUUAAGCUUCUAAAUAAUAUAUACGAAAUAAGAGUAUUGUUAUUUGCAGAAUACCUAGUAGUUAAUUAAGUUAAAAGAAAAAAUGGAUAAAUUAAGGAGAGCUUUGAGUGGAAAUGAUCAAUGCGAUGAAGAAAGCGGUAUUAUUACACAGGUUAUGGACCAAAGUACCUUAAGUUGGUCGACUCGGAUAAAAGGUUUUGCUAUUUGUUUUAUUGUUGGCAUUCUAUGCUCUUUCCUUGGAUCUUUUGCUUUAUUUUUACAUAAGGGACUUACAAUAUUUGCUGUAUUUUAUACAUUAGGAAAUGUCAUCUCAUUAGCAAGCACAUGUUUCUUAAUGGGUCCAUGCAGUCAAUUAAAAAAGAUGUUUGCAUCAACAAGAAUUGUGGCAACUAUUUUAGUAUUUGUUGCAAUUGGAAUGACACUUUUUGCAGCUCAUCUCAAGAAUCCAGGACUGGCAUUGUUGUUUAUAAUUAUUCAAUCACUGGCAAUGACAUGGUAUUCUCUAUCUUAUAUACCUUAUGCACGUGAUGCUGUCAAAAAAACUGUGGAAUCAUGUAUUACAUGAAAAGAUUUGCAAAUUGUGCAGUCAAAUAUUUCACUUAAUAUGUAUAUUAAGAGUUAUACGUUGUUCUUCACAUUGCACAAAUGUUAUAUGAAUUUGUCUGAAAUUUGUUUGAAAAUGCAAAAUAUAAUAACAGAUAAAUACAAAUAUGAAUAAGAUAAUAUGGAUCUAUUUCAGCAAGAUUCUACUACAAUAUGUCUGUACCUCAUUGGAAAUACAAUGAAAACAUUUUUAAAUAUAUACUUAAAAUUACAAUAUUUUAUAA